GGACACUAGUCUUGGACUUGUUGAAUCGGCGAAGAAACGAAGCACGACUCGGACGUUGAAUUCACGGGGUAAUUCGUUUUGCGAUCGAAGCGUCGGACAGGGCCACGAACGUUGGGUGCAGAAACCUUCGGACCGGAGGCUAAGCUCUUGUAGAUCCUGAAAGGACACUUAAUUCUCAACAGAGGCGAAUGUACCCAAGAAGAUCGAAGUAAAAUCCACGGAUUAUUUCUCAUGUCUGACACGUCUAAUGACGCGUAAUGGACAUUUGGGGAGCUUUAUGAAUCGCGCAUGACGCCGAUGGAAGAAAGAGCGGCUGCAUCGGCUUCGCCAAGAACAGGCGACCGCCACCAAUCGUCGGAACUACGCUCGAAGCUGGACGGUAUUCGACUUGGUUCGCGUUCUAUCGUUCGCGAGUUGUUUUGAGCGCAAUUCAACUUGCGCCACGGAGGAAAACGGAGGGCCGGAUAAGAGUCGCGAGGACGCGCAGAGGCAUCGUUUUGCAUAACGAGGUUACGAAGUGAUUCGUCCGCGACGUCUUGGAUUGCCUAUGGAAUAGCUUGGAAAGUCGUUCCUGUCCAACGAUUGGAAAUACUUUUCCAUCCCUUCCGGUGACGAGCACGUCCGAGCGCUACCUGCGACGAUCUACUCUGCGACCUCAUAGCUGAUCCUCGGCUGUGGCUAAAGUCACCUUCCACGGUUAUGCUUCUGGCGUCGCUUCGGGUGGCCGCCAGCAAAUGCUGUCAUGCUCUUGCCAUGCCAGCCGGCGGCCAGGAAGAGGCCGCUGGCCACGAGGUCCUUGAGCAGAUCAACGAUCCCCGCGUCGCUGACGGGCUGCCUCGUCCUGAUAGCUGUUUUCGUUCAGAUCGGUUGCGAGGGGUCGCGCGCGAGCUCGCAGAUCCGCUACGCCUCGCGGAUCGUCGAAACUAAGAGCGGACAGAUACGGGGAAUUCUUCAGGAGCUGAACAACAAACACUUGGAACCGGUGGAAGUGUUUCGAGGCAUACCAUACGCGGCGCCGCCCCUGGGGGAUUUACGAUUUCGACCACCGAUCUCGCCGAUCCCUUGGAACGGUAUCAAACUGGCGGAUUCCUUCGGCGCGGUUUGCCCCCAACAUUUUCCAGACGUCACCAAUGACACGGCCGCGUUGCUGCAAAUGCCUCUGGACAGGUAUCACCAGCUGAAACGGUUACGCAUGCUCCUGAUGAAUCAAAGCGAGGACUGCCUCUUUCUGAAUCUAUACAUACCUGGGAGCGGGUCUCGUGGGGAAGCAGCUCCGUACGCGGUAAUGGUGUACGUUCAUGGCGAAAGUUUCGAAUGGGGAACAGGAAACGUCUACGAUGGCUCCGUCUUAGCCAGUGCUGGCCACGUUAUAGUGAUCACGCUGAACUAUCGACUAGGAAUCCUGGGUUUCCUGAGGACUCGUCCGUACCCGGACAAGACGCCAGAAUCCGGCGGAAAUUUGGCCUUAAAGGAUAUCGCGAUGGCGCUGCGUUGGGUUAGGGAGAACAUCGCUGCUUUCGGCGGUGAUCCGACCAAUAUCACCUUACUGGGACACGACACCGGCGCGGCGUUGGUGAAUUUUCUAUUGCUCGCCCCUUACAGCAAAGGUCUAUUUCAUCGCGUAGUAUUGUCAAGUGGUUCGGGAUUAAGUCCGUGGGCCACCGUUCACGAUCCAAACGAUCUACGCACAAAAGUGGCGGAUCAAAUAGGAUGCUCCACGGAAAACGACGAAGAUAUCGCCGACUGUCUGCGCGGCGUUUCCCUACGCGAGCUCAUGACGGUCAAACUUCCGGAAAUCAGGUUCGUGCCUCGUAUAGGACCCGGUCUGCCGGUGGACCAAAAUAAUCCAGAUCCGGGCGUGGACAUGGAAAGGGCCAGUGACACGUUCAUCAAAGUGCCGUUGAUCCUGGGUGUCUCCACCACGGAGUCGAAUCUCGAUUUCAACGCGAACGACAUCGAGUACGGUUUCGAAGAGGAUCAUAGAAAUCGCGUUUUACGAACGUUCAUCAGGAACGCGUACGUUUACCACUUGAACGAGAUCUUCUCCGCGGUGAGGAACGAGUACACGGACUGGGAUAAGGCUGUCCUUCAUCCUAUCAACAUAAGGGACUCGACGAUGGAGGCGCUCAGCGACGGUCACACGGUGGCUCCGCUCAUGAGAAUCGCUUUUUAUCACGCCAGGAGGGGAGCCAAGACCUACUUCUACCAUUUUAGCCAUCAGACGAAGGACAGUGGCUAUCAGCGUUUGGGCAGCAUCCGUGGCGAGGAUAUACCGUAUAUUUUCGGGCUACCGUUGGUCGCUGGCGGGCCUUUCUUCCCUAGGAAUUACUCUCGUCAGGAUCAAGGCGUCGCGGAGGCAGUCCUCACCUAUUUCACGAAUUUCGCGAAGACCGGGAAUCCAAACGAGCCGUACAAAAUCGAGUCGGUGGAUUAUGGCACACCGAAGGAGAAAACACGAUAUCAGGAUCUCACGUGGGAACAAUAUGAAACUGGCACGCAGCAGUACCUAACAUUUGCGGUGAAGCCAAGAAUGAGAAGCCACUAUCGCGGUCACAAGAUGGCAGUUUGGCUCAACUUGAUACCGCAACUCCAUCGGCCAGGCGACGACGACGUCUCGAUGCGACAUCAUCACUUUCGCGAAAGGGGCGACCACUUUUAUGCGGGUCCGGUUCGAGACGAGUGGUAUACGCCAUUGCCGCUGGUAGGGACGACAAAAACGAGCGCGUCGUCGACGACAGCGUGCAGCACGUCCACGGGCGAAGACGUAAUUGCAGAGGACAUCACUUCCGUUUUCGACGAUUCGGAGGACGACGCCGAACUGCUGCAAAGACUAGCCUCCCGACACUACUACAGCACAACCACCGCCCUGGCCAUCACCGUGGGCGUCGGUUGCAUCCUCCUGGUGCUCAACAUGUUGAUAUUCGCCGGUAUUUAUUAUCAAAGGGACCGCGACAAGAAGAGGGCAGCGAUAGACUGUACGCCCAACGGGCAAGAAUCCCUCCCAAUGACAACCAGAUCAUCCAUAAAAGCACCGGAGAACCCGAGACCGUCGCAGGAACCGCCACCGUCUUACACCACCCUCGCGAGGAGUCCUUCCAUUCAGGAACACCAACAGAUGCAUCAGUGUCAAUCGUUGGACGAGAACGAGCAGGCCAGAAACGAUCCAAAAUUUGGCCACGGGACUAGCAACGCCAUCCUCAAGGAUCCGAUACCACCGAAACCACCCACGAGAACGACCAGUUCGCUGAGCACCACAGGUGGCACAAACACCAUCAAGAAACGCGUGCAGAUACAGGAGAUAUCUGUAUAGCAUUAGGGGUUGCCCCAAGAGGGCAACGCAAAAGCUAAAAGAGUGACUUUCGUGGACUUUGAGGGCACCACCGAGUCCAAGUUCUGAGGGAGUAAUUGGCAAGAAUAGAAGGUCUUUGGUUAGAUCAUGAUAU